GGACGGUGCCGCGGAGAGGUGGGUCCUGCUUUCCCCAGGCCUGACUGAACUUUAACUUCUCUGCUCAUUGAGCAACACGGGGCUCUGCACUUUGCUUAACCCUGGGGAGUGGUCAUCAGCCUUUGACCUCAGCCCUCCCCUCCUGACCAGCUCCCAACCCCGCUGCGCCGGGACCUCAGUCCGGUUCGCAGCGCAGAGCCAGUGUGCAGGGCCUGCCUCUGCCCCUACCUCCAGCGGCCAGCCCCGGGCACACCGCCACCAUGCUUCCCAGGGCUUCGGGGAGAAGGCAGCUCUGCCUCCUGGGUGUGCUGCUCGCCGGCCUCUGCGGCGGCGCGGCCGGCCAGGGCAGCCCCGUGGAGGACAUCUGCGUGGCGAAGCCGAGGGACGUGCCCGUGAGUCCCAUGUGCAUUUACCGCUUCCCGGACAAGAACGCCACCGAGGAGGAGGGCGGCGAGCAGAAGAUCCCCGAGGCCACCAACCGCCGGGUGUGGGAACUGUCCAAGGCCAAUUCCCGCUUUGCCACCACCUUCUACCAGCACCUGGCCGACUGCAAGAACGACACCGACAACAUCUUCCUGUCGCCCCUGAGUAUCUCCACGGCCUUCGCCAUGACCAAGCUGGGGGCCUGCAAUGACACCCUCAAGCAGCUGAUGGAGGUUUUUAAGUUUGAUACCAUCUCCGAGAAAACAUCUGAUCAGGUCCACUUCUUCUUUGCCAAACUCAACUGUCGACUCUAUCGAAAAGCCAACAAGUCCUCCAAGUUAGUAUCGGCCAACCGCCUUUUCGGAGACAAAUCCCUGACCUUCAAUGAGACCUACCAGGACAUCAGCGAGGUGGUCUAUGGCGCCAAGCUCCAGCCCCUGGACUUUAAGGCACAUGCAGAGCAGUCCAGAGAGACCAUCAACAAAUGGGUAGCCAACAAGACGGAAGGCAGGAUCACUGACGUCAUUCCCAAGGGAACCAUCAACGAACUGACCGUCCUGGUGCUGGUUAACACCAUUUACUUCAAGGGCCUGUGGAAGUCGAGGUUCAACCCUGAGAGCACAAGGGAGGAGCCGUUCCACAAGGCCAGCGAGGAGACGUGCUCAGUGUCUAUGAUGUACCAGGAAGGCAAGUUCCGGUACCGGCGCGUGGCAGAAGGUACCCAGCUGCUGGAGUUGCCCUUCAAGGGUGAUGACAUCACCAUGGUGCUCAUCCUGCCCAGGCCCGAGAAGAGCCUGGCCAAGGUGGAGCGGGAGCUCACCCCGGAGGUGCUGCAGGAGUGGCUGGACUUGCUGGCGGAGACGAUGCUGGAGGUCCACAUGCCCCGCUUCCGCGUCGAGGAUGGCUUCAGUUUGAAGGAGCGUCUGCAAGACAUGGGUCUGGUUGACUUGUUCGAUCCUAAGAAGGCCCAUCUCCCAGGUAUCACCACUGAGGACCAGGCUGACCUCUACGUCUCCGAUGCGUUCCACAAGGCGUUUCUGGAGGUGAACGAGGAAGGCAGCGAAGCAGCAGGGGCCACCGGCAUCGUGAUGGCUGGCCGUUCGCUGAACCCCAGCAAGGUGACCUUCAAGGCCAACAGGCCCUUCCUGGUCCUUAUAAGGGAAGUUGCUCUCAACACUAUUAUCUUCAUGGGGAGAGUAGCCAACCCUUGUGUUAACUGAAAUAGUCUCACUCUUUGCACCCAUUCCUAUUCUGGUUUGUGAACGGAAAUAAAGACAGAUACAACUGCUUCCAUCUCGCAAUUAUGAGUGGACGCAACCAUGUGAAAUAAAGACCAGGGAUGGAAACACA